AUGUCUUUUUACUUUUAUGCCGACGACUCUGUUACCCCAUCUCUGAGCCAAGCCAUUCAUGAGCGUCAGGAUAUUCCUGAACCUGACUUUGGACAGCACAGCUUCUUCAUCACUCCUAGCAGUCCAUGUGGACUACAACCAAAGAAAGCCCAACUUGCCCGGCACAACAAAACUAAAGACAGACAAGCAAAGAAAUUUCAGAACUUGCAGUCAAGGCAUAACACUUCCAUGAUGCAAUGUCUCACCUGGAGGCAAAAAAGUGAAGACUCAACACAAAAUGAGUUACAGAAUAGAUGGGUUAAGAAUCUGUCUGACAGAGUACUUACCCAGCCAGAGAAGGAGGUUUUAGCUGAAGGAUUGAACUUUGCCAUGACACCAAAACAAGUCCCAAUCAUGGCAACAGAAUCAGCUAUAAAGAAAAACAGAAAAACGGAAACAGAAGGCGAACAGCUCAGGUUGAAAGUGUCGGCAGCUCUCUCCAACGCUAAACCUCCCCCUUCUAACCUCACCUAUGAGGAAAGAAAAGCCGUGACAUCACUGAGCAAGGAUGAAAACGUCACAAUCUUGCCAGCAGACAAAGGGAAAUGCACAGUAAUUUCAAACACUAACGAUUACCAGGACAAGAUUCUUUCACUACUCAAUGACAGUAACACAUAUGAAUGCCUGAAACGAGACCCAACCAGCGGGUUCAAGAGAACAAUCAUAGAAUAUCUGCAAAGUUUGCAGAAAGAUGGAGCCAUUGAGUGUUUGCCAUAUCACCGGUUAUACCCACAAGAGUCCAUCCCGGGCAUCUAUGGUCUCCCGAAAAUACACAAAGAAGGAGUGCCUCUCAGACCUAAUAUCAGCAGCAUCAACUCUGUGACAUUCAACAUUGCUAAGUUUGUGGCUAAUAUCUUAGCACCACUGGUUGGCACAACGCUACAGCACAUCCAGAACUCAAUGGACUUUGUAAAUAAGGUCCGGGACUUAAAACUAGACCCAUCAGAAACAAUGGUUUCCUUCGAUGUCACAUCGUUGUUCACAUGCAUUCCAACUCAGGAUGCUGUGGAGACAGCGAGGCAGCAGUUGUUACAAGACAACACUGUGCAGAACAGAACUACCCUCAACCCAGAGCAAAUAUGCCAUUUAGUGGAACUCUGCCUAAAAACCACCUAUUUUCAAUUUAGGGAAAGGUUUUACAGGCAAAAACAUGGGUGUGCGAUGGGCUCACCAGUAUCCCCCAUUGUGGCUAAUCUGUACAUGGAGAACAUGGAAAGAACGGCUCUGAACGGUACAUCAAGCACCAGUACCUCCCACCAUGAGCCUGUUCACAUUUUUAUAUUUUACCAGUGACGUUGUGUUGCUAAACUUUUGUUUGUCUGUUUGUUUUACAGACACUCAUCAUCGGUGAUUGAGGAUACCAGCCAAAUGCUGCAGUCAAGUACUCUCACUGUUCGCUCUGUCUUCCUCCUCCUCUUCUCUUUCUCCACUUUCACUGUUACUGUUCACAUCUACAUGUGCAAAAGCCUUGUUUACAAGCUAAACUGUUCUGUUACACUGCUCUUCAUGCUAUUUUAAUUCAAUGUUACACUGUUCUUGAUGCUAUUUUAAUGCAGUGUCUGAAGUUAUGCUUAUUAGUAAAGCCUGUCGUUAAGGAUUUUGUUAUUAUAUACAGUUUCUUCUCAAUAGGUAAUGGAACACCUUUUCUUUUUGUAAUACAAAUGUUCUAAAUGUCAUUAGUAUUAAAAGUCUGCUGGGGGGUUGUAUUAAAGUACAGCAAUGUUAUGGAUUAUA